AUGCGGGCGUCUUCUGUUCAGGAUGCUGAAUACGUAACAGAUGUUCAAUCAACAUCAACACUUUACAAUUGGGGAUUAGAUCGUAUCGACCAAUUGUUUCUACCGCUUGAUAACAUUGCUACCGUGUCGGACUUGGCCUCUGGAAAUGGCAUGGAUGUGUUCAUCGUUGAUAGCGGAGUCGACAUUUCGCACCAAGGAUUUGCACACACAAAUGUAUCUCACUCGUGGUCCGCUUUCAGUGGAUGUCAAGACGGUCUUGGACAUGGAACUCAUGUAGCUGGGAUUGUGGCUUCAAGCGGUUUUGGAGUAGCACCGGGUUCUACUAUUCACAGCGUGAAGGUGUUGAACGACCAGGGUCAAGGAACAACAUAUAACGUCAUCAUGGGAUUGGAACACAUCUUGUUCAACCGACCCGGAGGGCCAGGAUCUCCUGCUGUAGUAGUGAUGUCACUAUCAGGACCAACUUCAGAUUAUAUGGAUACGUUAACGUACCGCCUGUAUCUCGAUAACGUCCUGGUUGUAGCUGCAGCGGGAAAUGCAGAAACUGAUGCGUGCGAUAGUUCUCCCAGCAGAAGCCCCUGGGUGCUAACUGUGGGUGCGACGGAUAUUGAUGACAACUAUACUUCAUACUCGAACUGGGGCAAGUGCGUCUCUCUUGCGGCACCUGGUCAUAGUAUUUCCUCCACCACACCUAAUGAUGCUGUGAGUACUUGGAGCGGAACUAGCAUGGCUGCCCCCCACGUUGCAGGGAUUGCAGCCAAGCUCUGGUCCGAUGCUGGCAGAAACAUUACCAAUCGACAAAUACUACGAUCUAUGCUUGUCGCAGCCACUCCGGGGCAACUAUCUGGCGUGCCGGCGGACACUGCCAACUUGUAUGCAUUUGCCAAUAUCAAUGUUGUCGAGAUAUCCAAUUCCACCGACAAUCACACACAGUUUGGAGAAGGCAAGGGCUAUAUAUACAGUCCACCAAUGACCGAGGAAGAGUAUGCAGAGCAGCAAAGACAGUACAGUCUCUGGACGUUCGAUGAGUUCUUGAAUAUGCGUUUCUAUUAUGGGGGGUCAAUCGAUGGUGCCAACUACAGCACGUAUCUCACUAUGCGCUCAACUCAGGGUGGCUGGGAUCUACUGAGAAUGGAAAGCACAAACAUUACGAUGAUCCGUGAGAACGGCUGGACAAGCGUACACGAUUUUCUUGCUUGGAAGUGGCUGAUUGGUGAUGGAGAGGUUGAUGAGACUGAUCUCGAACCUGAACGACAGUACUUCCAGGAGCUGAAGUCAUUCCUUCUGAACACUAACUACACACAGUAUGUGACGGACCGUGAUCUGUAUCACACUGAGCGAUUCUACUACGGAGGUAGUAUCGAAGCCGAGAGGUUCUACUAUGGUGGAUCGAUUGCGGCAUCACUUAAUCGCACGUCGGCCGUCACUGUCCCAAGCCUAACAGAUGCGCAAAUCCAUGCCCACCGUGUCGAGUACGUCAGUUUUAUGAUAUCCGAAGCGAAUACGACGUACCUCAACUCGCGUUUCUACUAUGGGGGGUCAGUCUUGAUAAAGAAAAAUCCUGCGACAGAUGAAAUCGGUGUAUACGAGGGCGAAUGGCUAGUAAUCCUCUCAAACGGUCAAAUGUUCAACGAGACAGCUCAGUUAGUUGAAGACGCGAGCGUGUCGGGCGGCGACUUCUCGGCUGAGAACUGGAGUGCAUCGUUCAACAACACUGGUGUGGUUGGUGCCAGUUUCUACACCAUUGUCACAGAAGAAGGAAUGCUGGGAGAGUACGAAGAAGACUGGGUGGAGUAUGACGUGGAGCGGUUCUACUAUGGCGGCAGCUACGAGGCUGUGAAAAUGAAUGGCAAGUACGACACCUUGAAUCGGUAUUCGGACUAGGAGGAAAGCAGGUAAAAAGAGUAGAGACAGGACAACUACAUGAGUGCGACUCUGUUUCUCUUCUGGAAGCAGGCGGUCUAUACACGGCCAAAGGUAUGGCAAAAGUGCACGGAACAGAAUAGGAUUGAAUAGAGACACAUAAAGCACCUAUCACAGUACUAUACUCUGGCAUCAAAACCAUAUCAAUAAAUGCUCUUCCGAAC